GCGAUCAACAUUUGCGAUAAAAACUGCCAUAAACAACGCAAAUUCACGGCUAAAGUUAGAAAGCCUCUUUCAACCAAUCAAUCAGACUAGUAAGCGAUAGCAGCAAUACAGGGUUGGCAAACAAAAGAUGAAGCCUGUCCUGUUGAUAAUGGUAACAAGCAUUUGGCUGUGCUCUGCUUUUCAAGAAACAGAGACGAGCACAUUUUCCACAAGUUCGACCGUAACAUCAUCUAGCACGUCUAGCAAAACGUUUACACCCACGCUUUCCACCUCUGCUUCUACUUCUCUGAGCACCAGCAGCAGUAGUUGGGAUUGGGGCUGGGGCGAGGAAACAACGUCAUCGUUUAGUGUAUCGAGCACGGACGGCACCAUAACCUCAUCUUCAUCAUACUGUGAAUCGACGUUAACGAGCUCUUCAAGUAUCGAACUGAACCCCACGCCAACAUCUGCAACAAGUUCUUCGAGCUCUUCAGAGGCAGUUGAUACAAUCAUCACAUUGUUUGCGUAUUUGUAUCAGGCUUGGGAAAAUGAUCGAGAAAUCGACCAUCUCAAAAAACGAAAGAGGCGCGAAGCCGAGAAACCAGGCCUAUCUAAGAGAAGUGACCUAGCCUUUCAUGAGAAAGAAAGACGACUGGGAAGAAGGAAUGACUUCUUUAAGAAGAUCCGCGCAAGGAAACGGGAAAACCUUACGAUGUAAUAUAUUUGCGGUAGGAAUCUUAUUGCAGCAAAAUAAGCAAACACAUAAACACAUAUAAGCAAACAAAAAGGAUAAACAUUUAUCUAGAAGUGACAUUUACCAAGGUCAGAAAGAGCUGGACAUUUUCAAAAUAUUUGAGAUUCUGAUAGAGUACUUUUCGAUUGAGUGAUGUAAACCCAGUGUAUAGUCACUACAUAGUAACUGCAUGCACAUUAUGUCCGUUGGAUCAAAAGGAAGAUCGCAAACGAUUGCUCUGCACAAUGUAGGCGAGAUAGUAUUACAAACAGUUAUACCAGUUAGAAACAUUUUAACAUUUUCAUCUACAAACAUGUUUAGUUUGCUCUAAGUACUAGUGUGAAGAUAGAUAAACUCUGCUCGGCUGCUACGAAUUUAAACCUUCAUCUUCCUCAUUUGUAAUGUGCCACUGUCUGGGCUGGGAAGUUCUAGAGCCUGUUGGUUUCUAGAGACGUAUUGAUAUUUACUUGAACGCAACAAAAUCUGGUUUAAUAAAAACAAACAGGUUGCCGGAAA